AUGCAUUGUGACGUCUUGUGGAUGUUUGUCACAUCACAACAUGUUCAUGUAAACGAGAAAAGCUUUUCUUGUUGCAUUACAGAGGUAGAAGCGUUUCAACACCACGGACAAUUAUUCCAUGAUUACUUCGCGACUUCUUCCAAGUACUGUGGUAAAUGUGACCAGGCAUUGGUAAACAAAGGCAGCAGCUACAUAACAUUCGAGGGGGUCACCUACCAUCCAAAGUGCUUUGCUUGUCGAAAAUGUAAAAAACCGCUGCACGAAUUAAAUUUUUACAUAGUGGAAGAACAAAAAUUUUGUGAUGAAUGCUAUUAUUAA